GUUAUGUUGUGUUCUUCUCUUCCCAAAACAAACAACUAUACCAAGCCAGGGACCACGUUUCCCUACACGCUUCCAACACGCAAUCAUCAAACACAUUCGUUUUCUUUUUCUCUCUGAAUCCCUUCGUCUCUCUCGUCACUCAUCUUCAUCAUCAUCUCAAACAGAAACAUAUUUUUAAGCAAGCGAGAGAUUCAUACUCAUUUAUCAAACCUGUUUCGUAAGACCACGCAGACAACAUAGGAAAAGAAAAAAUGAGCGGGAAGCCGGUGAGACCUCGUACACGUUUGGGAAAGUACGAGCUUGGAAAAACCAUCGGCGAGGGAAGCUUUGCUAAGGUCAAGUUCGCAAAAAACGUUGAGAACGGAGACCAUGUAGCCAUCAAAAUCCUCAACCGUAGCCACGUACUCAGCCACAAGAUGACGGAACAGCUGAAGAAAGAAAUUUCAGCUAUGAAGAUGAUCAAUCAUCCCAACGUUGUCAAAAUUUAUGAGGUAAUGGCAAGCAAAACAAAGAUCUACAUUGUCCUAGAGUUGAUUAAUGGAGGAGAACUAUUUGACAAAAUAGCUCAAAGUGGGAGACUUAAAGAGGAUGAAGCAAGAAGUUAUUUCCACCAACUAAUCAAUGCAGUUGAUUACUGCCAUAGUAGAGGGGUGUAUCACAGAGAUUUGAAGCCAGAGAAUCUUCUUCUGGACUCAAAUGGUGUUCUGAAAAUUUCAGAUUUUGGAUUAAGUACCUACGCACAGAAGGAGGAUGAACUUCUCCGCACUGCUUGUGGAACUCCAAAUUAUGUUGCUCCUGAGGUGCUUAAUGAUAGAGGUUAUGUUGGUUCUACAUCUGAUAUCUGGUCCUGUGGAGUCAUUCUCUUUGUGCUGAUGGCUGGUUACUUGCCCUUUGAUGAGCCAAGUCAAAUGGCAUUGUACAAAAAGAUUGGCAGGGCUCAGUUUACAUGUCCAUCAUGGUUUUCCUCUGAGGCAAAGAAGCUAUUGAAGCGUAUUCUUGAUCCAAACCCUUUGACAAGGAUAAAAGUUCCUGAAAUCUUAGAAGAUGAAUGGUUCAGAAAAGGAUACAAACCAGCAAUUUUUACUGAGGAAGAAGAUGUCAAUGUAGAUGAUGUUGCUGCUGUUUUCAAUGAUUCUAAGGAAACUUUUGUGACGGAGACAAAAGAGAAACCAGUGUCAAUGAAUGCUUUUGAGCUCAUAUCUAGGUCUCAGAGCUUUAAUCUUGAAAAUUUAUUUGAGAAGCAGACAAAUGGGAUUGUUAAGAGAGAAACAAGUUUUACGUCACAGCGUCCUGCAAAUGAAAUCAUGUCAAAAAUUGAGGAAGCUGCCAAGCCACUGGGAUUUAAUGUUCACAAGAGAAAUUAUAAGAUGAAGCUGCAAGGUGAUAAGAGCGGAAGGAAGGGUCACCUUUCAGUAGCUACAGAGGUUUUUGAAGUGGCUCCCUCCUUGCACAUGGUGGAGCUUCGAAAGACUGGGGGCGACACACUGGAAUUUCACAAGUUCUACAAAACCUUUUCAUCAGGGUUGCAAGACGUAGUGUGGCAUUCUGAAGCAAAAAUAUGAAGAAUCAAGUUUAUUAUGAUGCUGCAGGUGUACAUCAUGCACUUAUUUUUGUUCAAGUGGUAUUUCAUGGUAGCUAAGAGUGGAGCAUGUUGAGUUUUGAAAAAAACUAGACACAAUGAGCGAUAUUUCAUGACCUUAAUUCAACGGCUCAAGUGACUUAAUAAUUAUAGUUGGCUAAAGAGAAAUGAGUAUAAUCAAGCGUAUGCUCAUUUCUCAGUUUCCAACUCCUUGAGCGGAUGUUUGCAGGAAGAGUUGUUUGAUUUCUUUUGUAUUCAAAGUACAUUUAUAGGCUGAUUAAUGGGUUUCCAAGCAUGUCUUUAUUUUUUCUUUUAAUGAAGAGAAUGUAUUUCUUAUUGUAA